AUGGAGGACCGGGAAGGACCAGUAACGAGUCAGAGUUCUGUAGAGGUGGUGCUGCGGGAAAAGGCCUCCAUUGACGAUGUCAUCAUAGGAAUGUUGCAUUUCACCAAAGUCAAGAACAUUUGCUCGCGUGCCAUCUGCAGCCAAGCUUACAGCCCAGACAGAGGCACAGGCACAGCACAGGCACAAACAGCCGCAAUGGACGGACGUGAGAGAGCGAAUGGGCCCGAAAGCCGGAAAGCAGUAGCACCAGUAAAACUAAUAGUUAACUACACGUCCAACUUAAACGGCAGCACCCCUUUAUUAAAAGACCCCGUCGAGUUCGCGCACCUACGUUUUUAUAACGCGCUCGCGUCAAAUGGCGACGAAGGAGACGCAACGCAAGUUUGCUGGGUGCUCGAUCAAGCCAAUGAGACGCCUCAGACGCGCACCUCAACCUCAAGAGAGUCAGGCUCAGCGCACUCUGGGUUCUGGGCUGGGGGGUCGGGACCCAAGUUGGUGGACUUGUCACUCAAAAAGGCAAAACGGAAGAUUGAACCCAAGGGCGAGCUAAGUUUAGUUCGUUGGACCACGAACCCUGUAAACUUGCAUGCAGGAGGGAAGUUGGGAGUCUGGGAGACAGAAAUCCGCGAGGCAAGGAAUAGUUGA